AACAGCAACAACAACAACAAGAAGAACCAUCGACAAAAUUUUACUCACGCCACCAACAAGAUCCAAAACCAGGUUCCUCUUCACCAACACCAGGUAGCUCUUCCAUUGUGCCAGGCAAAAGGUAAGCUUCAAUAUUGUUAUUUGUCAUUAGUAGAGCCUUACCAACUCAAGAUGGCUGAUGGUGGUCACAUGGUGUUUCUUCAGUGCCAGAGAGUCAAGACUGAUUGUUCAUGGAGGAGUUCUGUGAGGAAAGCUGAGGUGGUCCAUUUAUAUAUGCAGAGUAAAUAGUCAGCCCAGAAAGAAACUGCCAUCCGAUGGCAGUUGUAAAAGUUGAAAAAAUGAACUCCAUGACAGCGUCCUGCUUAGCUAAUGAGUAGUUGAAAACAGUAUCUGAAAAGUAAGGAAAAGUUCGUGCAGGGGACAAUUAAAGCAACCUUCUGAAGUUGUCUCAGGAAAAUUCAGCACUUUGUACACUAGAACAGGUUAUAAUUAUUUAAUCAACACACCUGGGGUCAAGCACUUCCAAAAUGAUUGAGUAGGAAGUGGCUUUUUAGUCUCCAGAAGUGAUGAGCAAGAAUCUACAUUAUCUUACAAAAAUGUGGUUGAUUAUUUGGCCUUAAAGUCUGAGCAACCUCUAGUUGAUGUAAGCAGGAAUAGGAAUAGUCAAACUGGAGAUUAGUAGACAUUCUUAGGGGACAAUAAUGGAAGAGAGACAUGAAUAUACAGAACCAAGACCUAAUAAUAACUGUGAAGCCGUACAAGAAGCCAAGGCCAGUGUUGAAGUGCUAACUUGUUUUUCAAAUGAACAAAUGCAUUCAAUACCUGACAAUCAGGAACUGGGAACAACUCCAGAAUGUACCAGCAAAACUGCUGGUCCAGAUGAUGAAAAAUCGGGGGUCCAGCAGAAUAUGGAGGAAGAGACUAAGGAACUUGGUUCUGGAGAUGUGCUUAGUGAGUUACCGGAAAAGAAUAAUCAGACUAUCUCUAAGCUUGCUGAAAUUGAUCAAGUUGAAGCUGGCAAUUUAUUAUCCAGCGAUAUAGAAACUGAAAAUUUAAUAUUACCUAUUGAAUUAGAGACAACAACUCUUAAUGAGUGCUCUGAACUUCCACCAGAAGAUGCCAACAAAAACUCUAUCAAACAGGUGAACCCUCCCAUUGAAGAUUUAACCCAGAAUACUUCUAUCCAAAGGUUAGAAACAGUCCCCAUAACUAGUGUCAGUAUUUCCCAACAGUUGGGCCACAAGGAUAAGAAAAUUUUGAAAUCAAAAAAGAAAAACUAUAUGUUAAGGUCCCUUGUAAGUAGUGACAGAGUUUUGCGUUCAAGGACCCAAGAGAAAGCUAAAGCUCCUGAACCAAGUAAUGAGUUGAAUAAGUUGACUGCCGGAGAGGGAAAAAGGAAGAAGAAGAAGAGAAAUAUAAAAGGAAAGGGAGCUAGUGGUGAUGAAUUUUCAUCAAUCAGGAAUCGUUUGAGAUAUUUAGUGAACCGCAUCAAAUACGAACAGAGCUUGAUUGAUGCUUAUUCUAGUGAAGGCUGGAAAGGGUUCAGCUCAGAUAAAUUGAAGCCUGAAAAGGAACUUCAACGAGCAUCAAGUGAAAUAAUGCGGGGUAAAUUGAAAAUAAGAGAUCUAUUUCAACAUCUUGAUUCACUUUGUGCUGAAGGAAGGCUUUCUGAGUCUCUAUUCGAUUCUGAAGGACAGAUAGACAGUGAGGAUAUAUUCUGUGCAAAAUGUGGAUCCAAAGAACUGUCCCUUGAAAAUGACAUCAUACUAUGUGAUGGUAUUUGUGAUCGUGGGUUCCACCAAUUCUGUUUAGAACCACCUUUGCUAAAUACAGACAUUCCGCCGGAUGAUGAGGGCUGGCUAUGUCCUGGAUGUGAUUGCAAAGAUGACUGCUUGGAUCUGCUUAAUGAAUUUCAAGGAUCAAAUCUUUCUAUUACUGAUGGUUGGGAGAAAGUCUAUCCUGAGGCUGCAGCAGCAGCUGCUGGGCAAAAUUCUGAUCACGCCUUGGGUCUUCCUUCAGAUGAUUCUGAAGAUGGUGAUUAUGAUCCUGAUGCUCCAGACACUAUUAACCAGGAAGAUGAAUCGAGUUCUGAUCAAUCAAGUUCUGAUGAAUCUGGGUAUGCUUCUGCUUCUGAGGAAUUGGAGGCUGCACCCAAUGAUGACCAAUACUUAGGUCUUCCUUCUGAUGACUCGGAGGAUGAUGACUAUGAACCUGGUGCUCCAGAACUUGAUGAAGGUGUUAAACAGGAAAGUUCAGGUUCUGACUUUACAUCUGAUUCUGAGGAUCUAGCUGCACUUGAUGAUGGCACUACGCCUGUGAGAAACUCUAAUGGGCAAGGUUCUGGAUGCGGUCCUCGCACGAGUGUACUACAUAAUGAGUUACAAAGUCUUCUAGAGUCAGGUCCUGAUAAGGAUGGUCUUGAACCUGUUUCAGGAAGAAGACAGGUGGAACGGUUGGAUUACAAGAAGCUGCAUGAUGAGACAUACGGGAAUGUUCCAUCCGACUCAAGCGAUGACACAUUCGGGAGUAUUUCUAUUGAUUCAAGCGAUGACAGAGGUCGGGGUAGUAGAACAAGGAAGAGAAGCCCUAAAAACCUGGUUCCUGCAUUAAAUGGAACUAAUGAUGAUUUGAAAAAUAAAAAAACUAAACGUAGUUAUAAGAGGAGAACUCAUCAAAAGCCAGGUGCCGAAAAUAUGAAGAAUUCUGUGACUAGGACUCCUGAAGACUCUGUGAAAUCUAGUUCUUCUGUUAGACGAACUGCGUCAUCAUCAAAUAGAAGACUCAGUCAACCAGCGUUGGAGAGACUUCUUGCAUCGUUCCAAGAAAAUCAGUAUCCUAAACGAGCUACAAAAGAGAGUUUGGCACAAGAACUAGGACUCAGUCUGAAGCAGGUUAGCAAAUGGUUUGAGAACACACGAUGGAGCACACGCCAUCCUUCAAGCAUUGAAUCCAAUAAAGCAAAGAGUGCUUUAAGAAUGGGGAUUCAGUCAUCUGAGACGAGUGGAAAGCUGCCCAAGCCUGAGCAAGAAUCUGGUGCAUGUUUCAGAGACACCGAUAACAAUGGUGCUCAACACCAAGUAUCACCAAACACAGAUGGUGCUGUGGCCCCAUGUCAGAGUGGAGAUACAAGGGAUGACAAAUUGGCGACUCAGAAAACUACUAGACCAGAAUCUACUGCUACAAAAUCCAGAAAACGGAAGGGCAGGUCAGAUCAUGUGGCAUCACAUUCAAAGGACAGAAAGGAAUCACAAAAGCCUCCUGCUAAGUCACCAAAAGUUAAUCAAAUACAAACAGCGGAUAAGGUUAGGACAAGGAGGAGGAGAUCCAUUUAGGUUUUGAAGUUUUGAUCCUUCCAGGAAAAUUAUCCGGCUAUUUACCCUCUUCCAGGAAACACAUUAGAUCAGAUACUGGUAUUGUUUGAAGGGAGGUAAUUCCAAGAACAAUCCCAAUUGUUUGUAGUUCUUUGUUAUCACAUUAACAUUCCUCCUAAUCCCUUACACACAAAUGCUUAGUAUGAGUUACCUAAAUCUAGAGCUUGUUUGUUAGAUAUUUAUUUGAAUUUGCAAAUUAAUGCCUGUCUCCAUCCGACCCUUCUCAUGAUAUGUGUAACAAUCAGUAGCUGGCUAUACAUUAAUUGCGGAGAUAGUUCUGUUAAACAA